AUGACGACAACAACAGAAACAUAUCUUUCAACACAAGCAUCAUUUACAAAUGAAACAAAUACUACAACUACUACUAGGAAUAAUGAAGAUCAAUCAUCAACAAUUGCUGCUAAUGUGACAAUUGAUGAACUUGUUCAAUCAUGUUGUAGUGAAGUAUUACCAUCAUCUAGUCAAUUGAAUAGUAGUAGUAGUGCUUCACCAACACAUCUCGUACGAUUUGUUCAUUCACAAUCGUCACUUGUUAGUCAGAUAGAUGAACAACAACGUCCAUCUGAACAGGGUACUAUUAAUUCUUCUUCGUCUAGUCAUGAUACACCUGUUAAACAACAAACACCAUUAAUUAAUGUAACACGUUUACCAUCACCAUUUAAACCUAAAACAAUCAUUGAAUCAACAAAUUCAAUGCAAAAUACAACUAAUUUAAGUAAUAUAACAGCAAAUAAUAUUAGUGUGAAUAAUUAUAACGUUAAUAUUCAUACAACAAAUGUUCAACAACAACAAACAAAUAUAUUAAAUAAUGAACAUGUUACAAAAAAAUGUCAAUUUGAUGAAAAACAAACAACUGAAAUUGUUUCACAAAUAUUAAAAAAUAUCAAAGAAGUUGAUGAACAUCAAACAAAUACAACAUCAACAACAACAACAAAUUAUAAUAUACAUAUUGAUUCAUUUAAUUUUUCAUCAACAAAUGAUCAACAACAUUCAACAAUAAUUAAAAAAUCACGUGUAAAAAAAGAAGCUAAAGCAUUAACAAGAAUUAUUGUUAAAGAUGAAACGAUUUCACCUAAUUUUUCACGUAAUAAAAAAGGAACAAAAAAUUUAACAACAACACAAUUAACAACAACAAAUAAUUCACAACCAAUGGAGUUUAUACCUGUACCUUAUGGAUGGCAAAGAAGAAUAUUAGCACCAGAUCUUGUCGUUUAUCUUAGUCCAACUAAUACAAUACUCGAUUCAUUAGAUGCUAUACGUCAAUAUCUUGAAACACCCUCAUCAUGCAAAUGUGGUCUUCAAUGUCCACUUAUUGUUGAUAAGGUUUUCAAUUUUGAUUCAACAAUCAAAUCAAAAUCUUGGGAAGUAACACAAGUACUUGAAGGUACUCAUUGUCGACAAAAAUCGAAUAUCUUAGAAAUGGCAACAUUAACAAAUUGUAUUGAUUCAUUUUGUGAAACCGAACAAAAACCUGUUAAACGUCGAAAACGAACACAUGCUGAAACUGCAAAUGGAAAUGUAUUUGUUUGUGCAUCGAAUUCAUCGAAUAUUCUACAAACAAAUAAUGAAUCAACUGUUUUUGUUAAUAGUACAAAUCAAACACCAGGUACAACACAUUUGUUUGUUUUCAUUCUUUUUAUAAUUUCGUUUCAAAAAAUAGAAGGUGGCCAAUCGAUGACAUGGACUCCAUUACAACAAACUGGUGUUACUCCACCGUCGAAACGGCCACGUGGUCGUCCUCGUAAAACAGCUGUUACUCCACCAGUCAUUGCUCAAUUAGCUGUUAAACCAUCACAUGAUUCUCAUCAACAAAUACAACCAGUACCAUCAUCAAUUCUAUCUCCACCUGCAUCCGUUUCAUCAACAUCACAAACAAAUCUUGUUCAUCGAAAUUCAACAUCACCAUCAACUCAUCAUCAAAAUAAUAAUAAUAAUACGAAUCUUCGUUAUAUUAAUGAUAAUGUAUUAACACCAUCAUCAACAACAGAUACCAAUGUUAUUGCUCGUGUACCAUCUCUAUUUGAACAAGUUAAAACAACAACAAAUGAAUCAACAUUUGCUGUUCUAUCUGGUGUACAAAAUGUUCUUCUUUCACCGAAUAGAGACACAAAUAAUAAUAAUAAUAAUAAUAAUAAACGAGUACGUGUUGAAUCAUCGUCAUCGUCAUCAAUUGUAUCGACAACUGGUAAACCUGUUACAUUAAAUGUUAAUGCACUUAAACCAGAUUUUGUUCGAUCACCAGCUGCAGCACAAAAACCAUGUUCAACAACAUCAAAUCAAAUUGAUGUUAUAUCUUUAAUGGGUACAACAAAUAGUCAAACACAAUUAAUGGUUGCAAAAACAACACCGAAACCUAUAACACCAGUACCAUCAACAACAAAUUCAGAUGAAUAUUCAUUAAUAAAAUCUACAAAUGAACAAACAAAUGAUUCAUCACAACCAUUAAUGAUUGAUUUUAAUGAUCCAUCAACAACUAAUUUUCUUUUAUCAGCACUUGCAUCAGGUGCUGCAUCAGAUUCAAAUGCUAUUGUUAAUCAUCUUUUUCAAAAAGCACAAACACAACGUAGUAAUAAUACAUCAUCAUCACCACCGCCACCACCACCAAUACCGACAGCAACAAUUAAGAAAAAGCUUCCGAUUAUUUCAUCGGGAUCAAAAAAUUGUACAGAAACAACAAAUUUAUUACCAAUUACAAAUUCCACAACACGUCAACCUGUUGUACUACAUGUACCAACAACAACAAUUACAAAUGAUUAUAAUCAACAAUCACAACAAAUUAUUUUUAGUAGUAGUAAUAAUAAUAAUAAUAAUAAUAUUAAUAAUGGUGAAAGAAAACAACCACAACAAAUAUUUUUUUUUAAUAAUAAACCAUAUGUUCUUCAACAAAAACUUACACAUGAUCAAUCAUCACAACAACGAUUGAUUCUAACACCAUCGAUUACUCAAUCAGAUGAACUUACCGUUCAUAAUACACCUCAUCCAAAUCGAAAUAUUGCCCCUGCUCAAAAUAAUAGUACUAAUCCAAGUGGCCAAUCAACGUUAGAUGAUGGUGGCAAUUGUCUAGUAGUAAAUGGUGUUGUUGAACCCCGAACAUUGAGUACAUUACUUAAAGGUUUGAAUCCAUCGUCAUUUUCUGGUGUUGAUAAUCUUAUUGAUACUAUACAUCGUUUUGAACAUACAACAUCAACAGAACAAAAUAAUAAUUUAUUACUUAAACCUGCUCGAACAACUGCCAAAGCAAGUCCAGCAAAGAAAACAAAUUCAGAUAAACCACCAUCAAGACGUCGAGCACCCAAAAAAGUUAAACAAGAAGAACAACAACAAGUACAAGUAACAAUGCCACCACCACCUCCUCCCCCUCCACCAUCAUCACUUCCACCACCACCAUCAAUACAACCAAUUGUUGCUGAUCAACAACAAUGGCAAACAGAUUUUAAUUCUUUUGAUUUUUCAACAGCAUGGGGUAGUGAUACAAAUUUAAAUUCUCUUUUAUUAAAUGAUGAUUUCGAUACGGCUGCUUCAUUUGAUGAUGUUAGUUUUGGAGAUUUUGAACCAUAUAUGAAUGGUAAUAAUAAUCCUAAUCAAACCGAUACAAUAUUGCCAUCAUUAUUUGGUAAACCAUUACCACCAGACACAUUACCAGGUGUUGAUCAUCUUUUACCUUGA